AAACUUCCGUGCGAUUGUCAGCAGCCGCAAGUUUUUCCUGGGUUUAAGGACUUCGUUGGGCUGGCGUCUUCCCUAUAUCAGCCAUGCAUUAAGAAUCGGCGCGGUGCCUACGUGUUAUCAUUGAGAUAUCAUUCGUGAAAGCGCUGCUACGGUUGUCUGUUCAAGUCGCCGAUGGUUGCAACCACAGGCUGAAGGUACAGCUACUUUUCGUACGACGAUGGAAGCCUCAAGUACGAAAGUUGUGGAGAAUGCGGGUGAAAGUGAUGGCGGCCUCACCUCAUCGAUGCCGUUGCCUGAGGACCGUGCGGCUCACGAUGAAAGCACUGGCGAUGACACCGGGGCGGCAUACCACACCAUGGUGCGCGAGCUAGGCCUCAUGAGGGCCACUGCCCACGUUGUCAGCAUUGACACCUGGAAGGGUCGGCUGGAUUUCGAACGCGCUUGUGCAGCGGCGGUGCCAGGGGAGCGGUGCUGGUUGAGCGGCGAAUUGACUGCGUGGAAUCGAGUUCUCAACAGCCUCGAAUACGAGCUUGUUGAGACGCGGCCUGGCAGUGUUCGCCUACAGAAAGCUGACUGCGAUGAUUGCGACUACAGCAGGUCUGUAGAGGAUGUCUACCGCGAGGCAGCGGUUUUGAUCUCGUGGCUUUUGGAGCACCACCUGUGCAUCGAAGAGUUAAGCCUAAUUUCUCCAAGUCAUUAUGGCUACAAGGCGCCUCCAGUGCCUUCCCCAAUACGCCUGCGCCCGUCAGUUGGUUCGAAUCUCGACCGCUAUUUCAGACAAGUGAAAAUCGACAUGGCCGAUCACUUUUUCAGCAGUUCGACGAGACCAGAAGAAAAAGGUCAUUUGUUUGCACUCGAAGGUCUCAACACCGUUUGUGGCAUUGAGAAGCUCAAGGUUGCCUCCUCCAAAGUCACGUUCAAGUUUGCCGCUGAACUGGAGUCUCUGCUGCGACGCAACGCCAGCACCCUCAAAGCGGUGAAGAUCACGAAAGCGAUACUGCCAAGGAAUGUCGACUAUGCACUGCGAUGUCUCGUGAACUGCGAGUCGCUGACGCUGUACCCAUAUUUCAGCUGGGGCCGCCGUGUCCCGAGCCUUGUCUCGGUGGCACAGCUCUUGCGCACGACAAGCGCAUUGAAGAACCUCAGCAUUUCUAUUUGCCCAAUCAAUAGGAAGAAACAGCUGACCACAAUUGCCGAAGCCAUCAAGGCCAACACUUCUUUGACGAAGCUCUCUGUGUGCUCUGGGGAAAUCAGCUGCUCACCCGAGCCAAUAUUUGCCGCACUUCAGGCAAACGGGACCCUGAAGGAACUGCAGCUUCAAAAGUGUAACAUCGGUGUGUACUCUGCGCAAGCACUGGCAAAGGCACUUUGCAAGAACACUAGCCUCCGCAGAUUGAGCAUCACUGAAAGCACUAUUUCUGCCUACAGCAUGCAACAGCUGGGCGUCGCACUCCGGGUAAACUCCACACUGGAAGAGAUUGAGCUUUCAGGCAGGCGGUCUCUGCCCUUUGGAGGAAUCGUCGGGCUAUGCUCUUCACUGGCCGAGAACAAGACAUUGAAGAAGCUAACCCUUGGCAAGUUUCGAGCCACCGAACAAGAACGGGAGGCUUUGGCACAGACACUGGCAACAAGCGAUAGCUACAGCCGUAUUCAGCUGUCCUGGGCAAAGCCAGAUGUCAACGGCCUGUGGAAUGUCCUGAUCUCUCCUACAGCAUGUCCCGAAGAAGUGUGCCUUCCUGACAUUCCCAGUCUACCAAAGGAAGAUCUUGAGCUGCUCUUCGAUGCAAUUGCCUCGAGCGAGCGCAUUCACACUUUCAGGGCUUUGUGGGAAGGAAACGUUCAGGCGAAAGGGGCAGCGUUUUGUACAAUGCUCAAGUCUAAUCGAUCCAUCAGAACUCUGGACAUCUUCAUAGGAACUGGUAAUGGCAGUCUGGUCCGCAGCGUUUUUCAUGCCCUCGCAGAAAACGAAGGGAUAACCAAGGUCAUGAUUGGCAUUGAAGCCAUCGAAAGCGACGAGACAGCCACAGACAUCUCUUACUUCCUGGCUCACAACAAGACGGCCACAUCAUUUCACAUGACAGUGUCCCACUCUCUUUACACUGCAUUUGUGAAGGAGUUCUCAAAGGGACUGCAGCAGAACAGGUUGAUCGUAGAGCUCAAGCUCAAUAAGAACUUGAUUUGCAACGAAGCGAGCUUCACUGUUUUUGAAGCAGUGCGAAGGAACAAGGCCGCUCUGAACCGUGCAGUGGAUUUCAUUCUUUUGCACAAAGCAGACAGGGAGUGUGCAGAAGCCUUUGAGCUGUUUUCGAAAACGCCGCUUCUUCUCUCCCAUGCUGUAAAUGUUUCUGGGAAAACAGAAGGCGAGGUACUGGCAGACAUGGUCUCAGCUGCUAACUUCUUGAUUGAAAACUAUCUCACUAUCACAGGGGUCGUUCAGAACUCCGUUGAAUGCCAUCCUGCCGAAGGGACUCAAAUAGCUGCUCUGAACAAGGACUGUUGGCGUGCAAUAUGUCGCCAUCUUAGAGUCACAGAUGUGUUGGUGCCUUCGUAAAGAUUGCCCAAAAUCUUGCUUUCAUCAAAUUAUUAUGUGAAAU